GCUUGAUAUGGGACAUGGAGAAGAAGUUGCUAAACAGUUGACUCCGACAUCAAUGGAUUGUCUUUCUGAUGAUCUCCUUCUCCAAAUCUUAUCCUUCCUUCCCACAAAACAAGCUGUUUCAACCUCUGUUCUCUCCAAGAGGUGGAGAGCUCUGUUUGCUUUCACUCACAAUUUUGGCUUCGACACUUACAUCUUUUGCCACCCGAGAAAUAAUAAACGAUAUAAAUAUGAGACUAGUGAAGACAUGCGAAAGAGAUUCAAUGAUUUUGUGGACAGAACAUUGGCUUUGCAAUUGCAAGGGGGUAACAAUAUAAACAAGUUCUCACUUAAACUUUGUAAAUAUUAUAAAGUUGAACAAGGUGACGUUGACCGAUGGAUAUGUUAUGCCCUGGAACACGGUGUCUCUGAUCUUCAUCUACACAUAAGAAAUACGUGGAUGUUUUCAAUCCCAUCCAAAGUCUUCACCAGCACAACACUUGUUAAGCUAUCAUUGGAAAUACCAUUGUCAGACUUCCCAAACGUUCCGGAUGCAUCUCUCCCAGCACUAAAGGUUCUCUUUCUUCGUUCAAUCAGGUUUAAGGAUGAUCAAUUAUCUAAUUUGCUUCUCCCUGCUUGCCCUGUACUUGAAGACUUAACCAUACGAUAUCCCCGGUUUACUCCAAAUUAUUCAAACGUCAUAUCCAGCAAAACCAUUAAGAAACUCUCCGUUAUCUUUGGCCAUCGCAAUGGUGAUUCUGUUUCCAGAAUAAUUUCAUUUGACACCCCUAACGUUGUCGACUUCUUUUACUCUGAUUAUCUUGGGAAUGAAUCUCCGCAAUGUCGUUUCAAUUCACUUGCCAAAGCUACAUUGGACUUUGAAUUAUUAAAAGCUGACAAGCAACCGAAUGUGAGGGAUCUCAUCAGUGGGAUACGCAAUGUCAAGACCCUUCACUUGACUUCUUAUGCUGUCGAGGUGAUUUCAGUAAGCUGCAAAGAUGGAUUACCCGUGUUCAACAACCUCGUUGAUUUAGUCUUUUCUAGUAAAGAAGAAGGUUGGAAAUUGCUUCUGCCACGUCUGCUACAUCGGUCUCCAAAUCUUAAAACUCUGAUUCUCUCGGGUCUGGAUUGUUUCCCAUGUAGACGGCAUCGGUUUACUAGUAUUCCCCGGAAUAACCGAAUAAUUAUGUUGCGUAUCAUCAAGUAUAAAGGAUAUGUAAGCGAGCUGAAACACGUUAGACAUUUCUUACAGAAUAUGGAGUGUCUUGAAGUGUUGAAAGUCCACGUUUCACCUUCAAUGGACGACACCAAAAAGAAGCAACUCACUGAGGACCUUUUGAAGCUUCCAACAGCUUCCUCCAAGCUCAAGAUACAAGUCAUGUGAUCAUCACAUGCAUUAAUCAUAAGUUAUUGUAUUUCUUUAAAAAUUAAUGAUUUUACCUAUUGUUUUGUUUUAGUUAGU